AUGGAGAAUACAACUGCAUGUGAAAUGGGAGACUCGUGGCAAUUCGUCACCAGUUGUCUGUUUGGGAUGGGUCACAUUGGAAACCAUAUUCCAGAUGUGGACCAAAGCCACGUUGGUGAUCUAGCAUUCCACGUAAUGAAUGAAGCCAACAAUGGCAUUUGGGACACGGAUAAAUUCAUUUCUGCAUUUUCGGUUAUCAAUAAUCUGGAACAUCAAAUGGAUGCAUAUCAAAUCUAUUGGGCCGUCCAACAGUCCACCAAAGCCUUUGUCCAGGCCAAGAUGAGCUAUUAG